AUGACAGAAGUAGAGAGACCAGUCCUAGAACCUGGAACGGUAUAUCGACCCAUCAUCGACCAUGAUGGAGUAAAACUUCUAGCGGAACGACUCUACGGCAUUUCGGUACUCGAACUUAUUGAACUGAAUGGCUACGAUGAUAAGAACUAUAAAAUCAUUGAAGACCCCAAUGUCAAGAAUCCAUUGAUAACCAACCAUAGCCCUCACGGAUACGUCUUUAAAAUCAUGAAUUCGAUGGACUCUCAGAACGUAGAUGUUGUGGAAGCACAGAAUGAGAUUAUGAAUUUCCUGAUUACUCGUUCAGUAACUUGUCCGAAACCAAUCCGCAAUGUGUUUGGCCACCUCCACUCGCUUGAGAACAUCAGUGGCAAGAACCACGUGGUUCGACUGCUGGAGUAUGUACCUGGCGAAAUACUGAAGGAUGUACCUCGUUCAGAGUCCUUGUUCUACCAACUUGGAGAAUUUGUGGCCAAUUUGGACAAUAAACUGCAGAACUUCAACCACUCCGGUGUGGUUUCCCGUGAGCACAUUUGGAUGUUGAGCAAGGUUCCAGAACUGGACAAGUUCAAGUGCGUGAUCAAGGAUAGUGAGAAGUCGGACUUGGCAGAAGAGGUGAUCGAAGAAUUCAAGUAUGCUGUUGUGCCUCGGUACGAUGAAUUGGAGAAGGGUGUCAUUCAUGGUGAUGUGAAUGAGAUGAACGUUAUUUGUGAACUUAAACCUGGUGGCAGCAAAACCGACUAUCGGAUAUCUGGAAUCAUCGACUUUGGUGACAUCCAGUACUCCUACUACGUGUUUGAGCUGGCCAUCACCAUGACGUACGCAAUGCUGAUAACUGGAGACCCUCGCUCAGGAGGCUUCGUGCUCGCCGGGUACACUGUCAACAGGCGACUACCUGACGACGAGUACAGGCUUCUGAAGACGCUGAUAUCAGCUCGCCUCGUCCAGAGUUUGAUCAUCGGCGCGUACACAAAAGAGAAGGACCCGAACAACUCUUACGUGACAUCUACGGAAAAGGCUAAUGGAUGGGAGCUACUCAAGAAGAUCAGAAAGACCAAGCCAGACCCUGACGAUGAUCCAACCAAUUGGAAAGCUAUUGCUAAUGAAUUCUUGACUAGAAGUUAGAUAAUAUUGUAAAGCAUCUAUAACUUAGUAUUCGCUUUUAUGUUUCGCAAAUAAUAAUUUGAUUAAGUACAGCAAUCUUUUCUUGCUUGAGUAUUUAUAGUAUGUUUUUAGCAUUCACAGCUUUAUUAUUUAAAAAGUAUUUUUAUACCUAGUUAUUAUUAGUUUUUAUUAAAUUUAGUAUUGUCUAAAAAAUAUUUAUUUUAGUAUAUAUUGGUAUUCAAAGUUUAUUGCCAAAAGCAUGCGUUUGUUAUUAACUAUCCCUUGGUCACCAUUAUAUUUUGUUUAAAAAAGGGCAUCAUUAUUUGUUUGUUUGGCGCCAAGUUUAUUUUAAUUCGAUAUUUUUGUCAUUUUAUUUUAAAUUAAGUGUUAAAAUAAAGACUGCAAAAUUU